GGUUGAGCCGUGAGGACUAGAGCGGGUUUACUGGAGUUGCGGCGGUGAUUGGGGGUCUGUUACACCGCAAUCAUGUCCAUUAUGUCUUAUAACGGAGGGGCCGUCAUGGCCAUGAAGGGGAAAAACUGUGUAGCCAUCGCGGCCGACAGGCGCUUCGGAAUUCAGGCCCAGAUGGUGACCACAGACUUCCAGAAGAUCUUCCCCAUGGGAGAUCGCCUGUACAUCGGCCUGGCGGGGCUCGCGACUGACGUCCAGACCGUUGCGCAGCGCCUCAAGUUCCGGCUGAACCUGUAUGAGCUGAAGGAAGGUCGGCAGAUCAGGCCUUACACUCUCAUGAGCAUGGUGGCCAACCUACUGUAUGAGAAACGGUUUGGCCCCUACUACACUGAGCCCGUCAUUGCUGGGUUGGACCCGAAGACCUUUAAGCCGUUCAUUUGCUCUCUGGACCUCAUAGGCUGCCCCAUGGUGACUGACGACUUUGUGGUCAGUGGCACCUGUGCUGAACAGAUGUAUGGGAUGUGUGAGUCCCUCUGGGAGCCCAACAUGGAUCCAGAACACUUAUUUGAAACCAUCUCCCAAGCCAUGCUGAAUGCGGUGGAUCGGGAUGCUGUGUCUGGGAUGGGAGUCAUUGUCCACAUCAUUGAGAAGGACAAAAUCACCACCAGGACACUGAAGGCCCGGAUGGACUAACCCUCUCUUCUUCCUGCACCCCCAUGCCCAUUUCUUUUUUUUUUUUUUUUAAUAAAAUGUUUUUCUUUCACUAUUGCCUG